AGCCCGGAUGUUGUGAGCGGGCAGGUCCAUUACAGCGGACGCACGCUUUAAAAUGGUCGGAGCGAAAGCGUAAGAAACGAAACGAAACGAUCUUCCUGACACCCCCCCGAAAUAAGUCGAUACGUCUAAAAACCCAACCUGGUUAUUCACAGUAACCCCUAGUGGAUUCAUUAAGCUACUCGCGCGGGAUAUGGAGAAGAAACGGUGGGAUUGCACUGCUCUCCCCAAAGGCUGGAAAAUGGAAGAAGUGACCAGAAAGUCCGGUUUGUCAGCUGGGAAGAGCGAUGUCUAUUAUUUUAGUCCAUCCGGGAAGAAGUUCAGGAGCAAGCCUCAGUUGGCCCGUUACCUCGGUAACCAGAUGGACCUCAGCUCAUUUGAUUUUCGCACGGGGAAGAUGCUGAUGAGCAAGCUGAACAAGAACCGCCAGAGACUGAGAUACGAUAACAACAACCAGAACAAGGGCAAACCUGACUUGAACACAUCACUACCAGUCAGGCAGACGGCUUCCAUCUUCAAGCAGCCUGUUACCAAGGUUACCAAUCAUCCCAGCAACAAAGUGAAGACAGAUCCUCAGAAAGCUGUCGAUCAGCCCAGACAACUGUUUUGGGAGAAAAAGCUCAGUGGUCUAAAUGCUUAUGACAUUGCAGAAGAGCUGGUGAAAACAAUGGAGCUUCCCAAAGGCCUGCAAGGUGUCGGUCCAGGCUGCACGGAUAAAACUCUCCUUUCAGCUAUAGCAAGUGCUCUCCACACCAGUGCCGCUCCCAUCACUGGGCAACUUUCGGCUGCCGUAGAGAAGAAUCCAGGAGUUUGGCUCAACACAACUCAGCCGCUGUGUAAAGCCUUCAUAGUCACAGAUGAGGAUAUCAGGAAACAGGAAGAGUUGGUCUACAGUGUGAGGAAAAGGCUGGAGGAGGCGCUCAUGGCGGACAUGCUGGCCCAUGUCGAGGAGGCUGCCCAGGAAGGAGAGCCUCUGAAGGAAGAGGGCAACGGCAGUGAAGACAUGGAGAGUGUAUAGCAGAGGUUUACAGGAGGGUUCACACGUGUCCAUCAGCAGUAGGAGCCCUUUUCCAUCCCUGAAGAACUGUCCUCCAGUAUCUUCAUCCAGUUUAAACCUCACUCCACUGCAACCUCAACAGCCGUCGUCACCAUCAGCCCGCUGGAUGGGACUCCCUGAACCGCAUUCACGAGCCCAGAAGAUCUUUGACGAGGAAAUGCUAAAACAAAAGAAUCACAAACAAGAAAUUAUAUAAAAUGAACUUUGAAAUAGUAGAUUUUACCUGAGCGUGUCAAAGUCAGCAUUCGACGAAAAGCGUAUUUUAUACUAAAAGGUUUUGAAUGGGUUUAUAUUUUUUUUUUUGUGACAAUCAUGCAAAUUCCAAGUGUUUUAUGUCGGCAGAAAGUCUUUCUUGUUUUGGGUUUGUUUGUUUUUGUGUUUUUUGUUUUUGGGUAGUUUAGAUUGUACGUGUUGUACUUUAAGCAUCUCUUUCUGGAAAUUUUACAAUGUUCUCCGUGAAUAAUGUACCCCGGCAGACUUCCAUCUCCUCCAGUGGUACCAGUACAUUUGGACUAUUCGAGCUGUCACAGCCGGUGUUACUAAUGCACAAGGUAUCAUCUGAAACUGGUGGAGGGGAGAGUUUUAAUGUAAUUUCAAUCAUGAUAUUUUCAUCAGCAUCUUGUUUACAUGGCACGCUCAGAAUUGAACAAAGAGGGGACAUGUCAUUUUAAAAAAGCUUUUUGGCUUUCAAUGAGAAUAUUUUCCUCACUUAAAAAAGAAAAGUGAAUGAAGCGGCUGAGGGGAGUGGGAGGGAAAGGACUUGGAACCACUUUCAGUUUAGUUUUUGCCGUUUUUAUUUGUCAUGGUCGUGCUCGGCGCUCAGUGUCGAGAGGCUUUGCUAUUGUCUUUUCCUCCUGUCAGUGUCGCCGCACACAUGCUGCCUCAUAAACUCAUGCACAAAGCUGUUGACAGCAACAAUUCGUACGUUUUUAAUCCAUCACUUAUCUGAGGAAUAAUGAUUUUGAAUUAUUUUUUAUCCCCGUUAAAUGACCUUUUGUAAACUACACCCAGCUGGAAUCAUGAAAUGCCCUCACGGCAUCAGCAGGCUGGCUGCUGAAAUGCAUUUGUUUGUGUUACUUAUUAAAGCUUGUCAGUAUGUCACUAA